GCGAAAUGUGCACGUUCACAUGGAUGGGAACUGUGACACAUCAGGGGUGUUGCUGAUGGGCUCAGAAGAGGAGAACAAGAAGGAAAACAACACAACAGCAGGUUUGCAAACAGGAAGCAUUUGAAGCAACCAGCCCAUGGGUCUGCAACGCCCGUCCUGUGAGCGUGGGUCUUUGGCAAUCUGCUUCCGCUGCUCUCACAAGUGAUGCCCAAGCCCUGGCACAUCUGCAUCCCUUCAGCGACCACCCCUGAGCAGAAGCCGUGGUCCCAGGCCCCAUUUGGAGCUGAGGAAGAGCCGUGGUGCCAGAGCCCACACGCAAACUGCUGGAGGAACCUCAUCACCUUGUUCCUGGUGGCCAGAUCUCACCUGGGAUGGUUUUGGCAUAGCAGCUGUGGAAAGGUUUCAUGUGCAAGUCUGACGCAGAGGACUGCAGCUCUGGAAACCAAGCUGUGCAAGGAUUCUGCCCUCCCCUGCCUGGCGAGCACAAGAAGAGGAAGAUGAACCGACAUCCCAACGGCACGAUCCAUGACUCGCAUAUGGUGUCCCCAGCACCCACAGAGAGCCUGGUCUAUGAGGCUGAACACAACGGGACCCGGUGCUUUGCAGAGCACAUUCCCGAACUCGUCACUGGGAGCAUCACCCUGCUCAUCUGCCUGUGUGGGCUGGUGGGGAACGGAGCCAUCCUCUGGCUCCUUGGCUUCCGCAUCAGGAGGAGCCCCUUCACCGCCUACCUCCUGAACCUGGCCGUGGCCGACUCCUGCUUUCUCCUCUUCACAUCGGCUUUCCUUGUGGUCUAUCACAUGCCCAUGCUCAGCUGCUCCCAGCCAGCGCUCCUGGGGGUGCUGCAGCUGUUUCACUCCAUGGUCCUGCUCACGUACGGCACCAGCCUCUACCUCCUCACUGCCAUCAGCGUGGAGAGGUGUAUGGGUGUCCUCUGGCCCUUCUGGUGCCGAGGCCACCGCCCGGAGCCCCUCUCUGCUGCAAUGUGUAUCCUGCUGUGGGCCCUCUCCUGUGUGCUUGCGGGGCUGGUGCACUUCGUGUGUGACCCGGAUCAUUCCCAGCACUGCUGGACGGUUCUCGGGCUCUUGUGCUGCCUCAAUUUCUGCCUUUUCACUCCCUUUAUGGUUCUUUCCAACGUGAUCCUCUUCGUCAAGCUCAGACGCAGCUCUUGGCAACACCACCCAGGAAGGCUGUACGCGGUCAUCUUCCUCACCGUUCUCUUCUUCCUCCUCUUUGGCAUCCCACUCAGUGUCCAGAUCUUCCUCAACUUCUUUGUGUAUAUUAACUUCGUCUUUGAGGUCUGCCUCUUGCUGGCCUCUUUUAACAGCAGCAUCAAUCCCGUUAUUUACGUCCUGGUUGGGAGCUAUGGGAAGUUCACGUUCAGGGGAUCUUUCAGAGUGGCUCUUCAGAGGGUCUUUGAAGAUAAGGCAGAUUCCCAAGAGGUGGGACCCCUGUGAUGGAAAUCGCUGCCUAAACCCCUGUGGCUGAGACUGGAGAGGGGUGGCCCUGCCUUUGCAGCCCAUGACAGCACCCCAUGGCCUGGCUGGGUGAGCAGGACCAGCAGUGGACAGUGGUGUCCCUCAGGACAUGGCCAUGGGCAGGGCUGGUUCCCAGCUCAAACUCGGUUUUAAGUUAUUUAA